AUGAUGGGACGCGCCAUGGGAAUGGAAAGGUUGACUGAGAUAUCUGAUCGAAACAACCAAAUUCAAGACUACAAUGCCAUGAAAGACGAAUAUGACUUGCAACCCAGGUUUCGAAGGAAGUUCUUCCCUCCCGGAACUAAGGUCAUCCGUGUGAGGCACAACAAGUUUUCGAAAAUGGACACCAAUUUCAAACCCGAAGUUUUUACAGUAACAGCAUCGUUCAAUAAUGGUACAUGCCAAUUUGCGGACGGUGUAGGUCGAUUGCUCAAAAGACGUGUCUGUGAUAUAAUCACUAAUAAAAUGGUCAAAUCAAUAAAUCGAUUAGAACCAAAACGGCCAAAAGAAGUCUGCUUUAUUAAAGGUUAUAUUUUGUAUUGUAUUUAUACUGUUUGUAUGAUAAUUGAUUAUCCUUGA